GCAAAAGGGAGUAAUUGCAAGAUCGGUACUGUUAAGACCUGGUGGUCCAUUGGCAUUGGAACUCGCACGGCAUCCCGUUGUUCUUAAAGUUGACGAUUGGGUGUUUUGUCAUGGUGGACUUCUUCCCCAUCAUGUUACGUAUGGCAUAGAGAAGAUAAACAAUGAAGUAUCUAAAUGGAUGCCUAAUGUUAAUGAAGAUGACAAUGGGUGGCAAAUACCCUUUAUAGCUACCCGAGGCACAAAGAAGUUGAAAUUAUGCAACAUCUUUCUAGUCAUCCGGGUGUCGUGACAUUAAAGGCGGUGUAUGAAGAUGCUCGGUUUUUUCAUUUGGUUAUGGAGCUUUGUUCUGGCGGGCGGUUGCUUGAUCAGAUGAGGGAAGACGUUUUGUUUUCAGAGCAAAAACCUACUAAUUUGAUGAAGGAAUUGAUGUUGGUUCUUAAAUAUUGUCAUGAUAUGGGUGUUAUUCAUCACGAUGUAAAGCCUGAUAAUAUUCUUCUUUCGGCUUCUGGCUCAAUUAAGCUUGCGGAUUUUGGGCUGGCUGCUAGAAUCGCUAAUGGUCAAAGUCUAUUCGGUGUGGUAGGAAGUCCUGCAUAUGUUGCUCCUGAAGUUUUGAUCAGUGCUUAUUAUGAAAAAGUCGAUAUAUGGAGUGCUGGUGUGGUCCUCCAUGCACUUUUGGUCGGUCUCCUCCCGUUUGGUGGCGGUUCUGUAAAUACCGUGUUUGAGGCUGUAAAAAACAUGUCCAUUAAUUUUCAAGAUAAGUUAUGGGACUCGAUAUAACAACCUGCCCGUGAUCUUAUUGCACAUAUGCUAACAAGAAAUGUAUCCGAGAGGUACACUGCUGAAAACGUACUACGCCACUCAUCAAACAUCUGCAAAGCCAAAUCAUUGAUAAAGUGGAAGUAUUUCUUAAGAUCAUCAAUGGAGAGAGGUUCAUCAAUGAGGCGCCUAAGGCGCUUGUGCUAAAAGCCAUAUUAUUUCCUACAACCAUCAAACAUAUGUUAUUGUACUUGUGUGUAGAUUAUUUUUUUCUUUUUUAUCAUUUUCUAUUGUUUUCAUGGCUUUAGCGGCAUGUAAAAAUUAAUCCGCUAAUAGUGUUUCUUCCAAUGUAUGCAUUUUCACAGAAUAUUAAAUUUCAAAGUAAA